CUCAGGCGAGUGUGAUGACAAUAGUGGCGUGAUUGGUCAAGAGGGUUGUGACUUCACAGAGCGGAGGGUAUAUAUAGGAGCGGGAACACUGCUGGCUUCCAGUCCUCCACAGGAUAACGUCUUACACACUACACUACUGAGAGCGUGAUGAGUGUGGGCGCCGAGCGUAGAGCACUGUGGGUGUGGGUGGUGGUCGCAGGCAUACUUGUGGGCACCACCGUGGGCAUACCCUCUCGUGUGGCCAACAGGAUGAUACCCAGCUGGUGGGUCAAUGCCCGGACGAAGAACACGUGUGUGACGUGGGCGGACUGUGGGCCGGGGCGGUGCUGCGUGCGACCCAUGCUGGCUACGAACAGUUACUGUCUGCCCUACAAGACCCGGGGCCAGAUCUGUGACGCCUCCGCCAUCCUUGUAGACGUCGAGAACGAGGUGUACUUCGACCACUGCCCGUGUGAGAGGCACUUGAACUGUGCCAACUUGCACUCCAGCAGUGUGUGUGUCGACCCUGAGGCCCUCCAGCAGCUCGUCCUCAGCCCCUCACCACAGUCCAUCAAACUGUAGUGUCUGGCACUCUGAUUCACCACCACCACCACUAUGACGCAGCCAAACACCGCAUACUGACCCGAGAUGACAUCACAAACACCUGUCAACUAACACCACACCUGUCAACUAACAACUGUCAACACCACAACUGUCAACUAACACCACGCCUGUCAACUAACACCACGCCUGUCAACUAACACCACGCCUGUCAACUAACACCACAACUGUCAACACCACAACUUUCAACUAACACUACACCUGUCAACACCACAACUGUCAACACCACAAGUGUCAACUAACACCACACCUGUCAACUUACACCACAACUAUCAACACCACAACUGUCAACUAACACUACACCUGUCAACACCACAACUUUCAACACCACAACUGUCAACUAACACUACACCUGUCAACACCACAACUGUCAACACAACUGUCAACUAACACCAAGCCAGUCAUAUAGCCUCUCAGUGACAUCAUCAAUGACGUUAUUGGGUCAGUGACGUCAUCGAUGACGUUAUUGGGUCAGUGACGUCAUCGAUGAUGCAAUUGGAUCGUUGACGUCAUCGAUGACGUUGUUGAGAUUUUCCCCCUUGGCGGCCCGGCAGGAGAGGCAAGCGAGCCGUAGCCCCAUCGCUGAAGCUCGACCCUUGGAGGACCAGCGUCGUGCCUCUUAUAUGGCUGACACGGUCCUGUGUAAUUGGAGGGUGACCUCGGGCACCGGGCGAGGGGGGCGGGGUAUGGCCCUGGCACCCCCCCCCCCAGUGCCAGCUCCCAGUACAAUAAUAAUGCAUUAAAAAGAUGAAAAAUCUGCC